CGGGCGCGGGGCGGGCGCGCGGGGCUGCGGGCCUGGGGCACGGCGAGCUGCGGGCCGACCCCGACCGCUUCGGGGGCCUGUGGGUGCGGCUGGCCGCGCGCCCCGCGCUCGACCCCGCCGCCUUCCGGAGCCGCCUGCAGGGCAAGUGGGGGCUGGGCCGGGGCCGCGCCGACGUCCCCCACCCCCAGCCUGGGGUGCCCGAGCACUCCGCACCCCCAGGUCUGACCGUGCAGGACUGACCGUGCCUGCCCCCUGCCCCCCAGGUCUGACCGUGCCGUGACUCCUCCUGUGACCCGCUGUCUGGCGUCCCUGCACCGACCUGGCUCCCGGGUCUGACGUGCAGCGCGAGUCCCAGGCUGGGGUUGGGGGGCCUGGCUGCCAUCCCGCAGUGACCCCAGCAGCUCCCCAGCCUUGGGCAGUGGGUGUCACACUGAGGGGCUGGCACUGGGUCUGUGGGCCCCACCCCACCCCGGUCAGGGCCAGCUGUGCCUAGGUUGGCCACCGCGUCGGACACGCUGCGCGGGACGGCCUGAUGCGCGGCCAGGGCUGUGCUGUUGGCACGCGGAUGGCACCAAGCCUGGUGCAGCUUGACACCAGUGAUGGAGCCGUGAGGGUGUGGGGCAGCCCCGGCCCCCUUGUGUCCCAGACCCUCGUGGGCACCUUCCACUGCAGCCAGCAGAAGCCCCCUCGCCCCACUGCCCUGGUCCUGGCUGCCCACCACACCCUGAUUGGUGACCCCUUCCCUGAGCACACCUUGAUAGAGUACCGGGCUUCCUCAGGGAGGGGGUGGUCCCCGGGUUGUUCCUAAGUGACAGAGACCUUGCAGGGGUCAGGGGCUCCCCUCUGUCUGGGUCACGGUCCUCUGGUAGGAGGGAGACCACGUUAGUGCCCAGGCCAGGGGAGUCCGUAGCUCAUGCUUAUCCAAACGGCUGGGCUGCUGGCAGGGCAGGGGCUGUGUGAGGCCUCUGAUUCCUGGUACCGCCUGCCCUCUCAGGCACUCCCAGGGAAGGCCCUGGGGCCACCCAUCCCCAUAAGAAGUGAGUUUUUCUUACGCAUAAAAUAAAAAAUAUAUAAUAAAAGGCAGUCGUUUAAAUAAGAGGCAUUAAAUGUCAGUAAUGGGGGCUGGAGAGAUACCACGGUGGGUAGGGUACUUGUCCUGCAUGAGGCUGACCCAGGUUUCAUUCCUGGCCCCACCAAGAGUGACCCAGCCUCUCCGCUCCCCCAAAAGGCGUCAGCGAUGUGUGUCAGUGCCAAAGCGGCGCUGGGGCUCUGGCAGCGCGAGGGCAGCGUUGCCGUAUGGCUGCAGGUGCCCAUCCUCCAGAGCCAGUGCAUCGGGCCUGCCUCCUCGCUGGGCUUCCGCUUCCACCAUGCAGAAGGGGACGUGGCCACGCUGUCCUUGUGGCUGGCCGAGGGGCCCAGCCGGCUGCCCGCUUUCGCCACACACCAGGUCGGAGUGGCAGGAGCUGUGUUUGAUGAGGACUCUGGGCGGAUCCUGGUGGUGCAGGACCGACACCAGCAGGUGAAAAACUUGUGGAAGUUCCCCGGAGGCCUGUCGGAGCCCGGAGAAGACUUCGGAGACACGGCGGUCCGGGAGGUGUGGGAGGAGACGGGGGUCCGGGCCGAGUUCAGGUCCCUGCUGAGUGUCCGGCAGCAGCACCGCAGCCCUGGGGCCUUCGGCAAGUCCGACCUGUACCUCGUGUGCCGCCUGCAGCCGCUGACCUUCGCCCUCCGCCCCUGCCCCCACGAGUGCCUGCGCUGCCAGUGGGUGGAGCUGGACCAGCUGGCGGCCACGGCACCCGCCACGCCCGUCACCCGAAGCGUGGCCCGGCUGCUGCUGCACGGCCACCGCCAGGGCUUCCACACGGUGGACCUGACCGUGCAGGACGUGCCGGCCCCGCGCCCUGGCCCGGCCCCCAAGCUCUACCACCGGGAGGUGCCGCAGGCCUAGGCGGGGCGGCCCCGCGGGGCGGCCGUCAGCUCUUGGCCGACAUGGGGAGGAACAGGAUGGCCUUCUGCCCCGGGCCCGUCCGGGGCCCCAGCUUGCACUGCCCGGUGCGCUUGAGGGCCACGUACCAGCCCGAGUACUUGCGUGAGCGGUAGGUGUUGUAGUUAUUGGACUCCAGCCGCUCCAGGAAGAAGCACUCGUCCGUCACGCAUUUCUGGAAGACAGGAGGAGCGGCUGCCGCGGGCGGGCGCAGGGUUGAGCCCAGCCCAAGCCGAGUCCCGCCCAGCAGGCGGCCCGCCCAGAAGGGGCUGAGACCCGCUCUGGGAAAUGGCGUCUCGCUCUGCGGUCCCGACCCUCACGAGCACGGCCCGACCGCCCCCCAGGAGCCCACACAGCCGGUGCAGACGCCCAGGGCCCAAGGCCCCUCUCUGGACGGCCACAGACGCCCCGGCCAUCUGCAGGAGCAGGCGGCCCCCCUGGGUGCGAGCCCUCUCUCCGCGCCCUCACUGCCUCCCCCUGAGUAAAUGCCUGAAC